AUGCGCUUCAGUGUUGUUACUAUGCUCCUAGCCAGUCUGGCCAGCGGCAUUAAUGCCGACUACGUAGAUACGUGGGAGGACGAAAUGCCUCUUGGGCAAUUCAUCGGUACCUUUGAUACAUUUUCGAACAACCAAUGCAGCGAGGGAGGCAAAGGCAUUACUGUCACUGCGGACGACCGUAAAGGACCCCUUCAGUCCAGCGUGAAAUCGGUCAAGUCCUACAUUCAGAAUCAGUAUUUGUAUAUCUAUCAAACUAAUCCCCACAAAAUUCUGAGAAUUGCUCCAAAUGAUUACAGAUGCCACCCGCUCAGUGGCUCUCCCCAAUUUUGGAAAGUUCUCUCGCAUUAA